UUAUCUUCUCCGCUGGUUUCCCGUUUGCUCUUCUUCUCUGCUUCUCUCCGCCGCACGAACUCAACUGAGCUUACUACUUUCUAGAUGCCGAAGGUUUCGCCGACUCCUCCUUCUAGUGUCAUCCUGGCUCUGGCGUAGCUACUGACCUUCUCCCCACUGCUAGCUUCAGACUUCAUUUGCUAACUUCUUGGCCCAAUAAGCAUUCACAUUCUCUCUGCUUCCAAAUCCCCCUUGAUUUCACUAACAGCCCCAGUAGCCCUAUUAUCUCUUCUUUUGAACAUUUAAACGAUUCUGUAGGUUGUGCUGUUAAGAGUUCAAGGUUCAUACUGUCAUAAAUGCCACUCACAUUUAUUCACUUAACUAAGGUAAGAGUCUAGAAGAGGAAAUGGGGACAUCAGUGCAGGUUACCCCAUUAUGUGGAGUAUACAAUGAGAACCCGUUGUCUUACUUGGUCUCUAUUGAUGGCUUCAAUUUCUUGGUUGACUGUGGCUGGAAUGAUCAGUUCGAUCCCUCAUUCCUCCAACCUCUCUCCAAGAUAGCUUCUACAAUAGAUGCAGUAUUGCUUUCACAUUCAGAUACUCUUCAUCUUGGGGCCCUGCCCUAUGCCAUGAAACAACUUGGCCUCUCAGCUCCAGUUUAUUCCACUGAGCCCGUGUACAGAUUAGGUCUCCUCACCAUGUAUGAUCAGUAUCUCUCCCGGAAGCAAGUUUCAGAAUUUGAUUUAUUUACAUUGGAUGACAUUGAUUCUGCUUUCCAAAAUGUGACAAGGCUGACGUACUCACAGAAUUAUCAUCUGUCUGGAAGAGGAGAGGGAAUUGUUAUUGCCCCCCAUGUGGCUGGACAUCUCUUGGGAGGUACUGUGUGGAAAAUAACAAAGGAUGGAGAAGAUGUCAUCUACGCUGUUGAUUACAAUCAUAGGAAAGAGAGGCAUUUGAAUGGAACUGUUCUACAAACUUUUGCCCGGCCUGCUGUCCUAAUAACUGAUGCCUACAAUGCUUUGAAGAAUCAACCUCCAAGACAACAAAGGGACAAAGAAUUCCUGGAUACCAUUUCAAAGACCCUUGAAACUGGUGGCAAUGUAUUACUACCAGUUGAUACUGCUGGGAGAGUGUUUGAACUUCUGUUGAUACUGGAACAGCAUUGGGCACAGAAGUCUUUUGGCUAUCCCAUUUUCUUUCUUACUUUUGUUGCAUCUAGCACAAUUGACUAUGUGAAGAGUUUCCUUGAGUGGAUGAGUGAUUCUGUAGCAAAGUCUUUUGAAACUUCUCGAGAUAAUGCCUUUCUUUUGAAGCAUGUACAUCUUUUGAUUAACAAGAGCGAACUAGAUAAUGUUCCAGAUGGGCCAAAGGUUGUUCUAGCGUCCAUGGCUAGUCUGGAAACAGGGUUUUCCCAUGAUAUAUUUGUGGAAUGGGCUAUGGAUGUUAAGAAUCUUGUUCUUUUUACUGAAAGAGGCCAGUUUGGCACUUUAGCUCGCAUGCUUCAGGCUGAUCCACCUCCAAAAGCUGUUAAAGUCACCAUGUCCAGGAGGGUUCCUUUGGUUGGGGAGGAGUUAAUUGCUUAUGAAGAAGAACAAAACCGACUGAAAAAGGAAGAAGCUUUAAAAGCUACUCUCAUCAAAGAGGAGGAAGUGAAAGUAUCUCAUGGGCCUGAUAAGAAUUUGGUAGACCCAAUGAUUAUAGAUACUAAUAGUACACAUACUUCACUAGAUGUUGUCAGUUCUCACGGGGGUAGAUAUCGAGACAUACUAAUUGAUGGUUUUGUCCCUCCUUCCUCCAGUAUUGCUCCAAUGUUUCCCUUCUAUGAAAAUACAUCUGAGUGGGACGACUUUGGUGAGGUAAUCAAUCCCGAUGAUUAUGUAAGUAAGGAUGAGGAGAUGGACCAGGCAGCUAUGCAAGCUGGUGGCACUAUGGAUGGUAAACUUGAUGAAGGCUCUGCUGGCUUGAUACUUGAUACUAGGCCUUCAAAAGUUAUAUCUAAUGAGUUAACUGUGCAAGUGAAAUGUUCACUAAUUUACAUGGAUUAUGAGGGACGUUCUGAUGCUCGCUCUAUCAAGUCAAUGCUUGCUCAUGUUUCUCCCCUAAAGCUUGUUUUGGUACAUGGAUCAGCUGAGGCAACAGAGCACUUGAAACAACAUUGCUUGAAACAUGUUUGUCCUCAUGUUUAUGCUCCCCAGAUUGAAGAAACUAUUGACGUUACCUCUGAUCUAUGUGCCUACAAGGUACAACUUUCUGAAAAGCUGAUGAGUGAUGUGCUCUUUAAGAAGUUUGGAGACUAUGAAAUAGCAUGGGUUGAUGCUGAAAUAGGGAAGACAGAGAAUGAUACACUGUCUUUACUUCCCAUCUCAACCACUGCUCCGCCACAUAAGUCUGUCCUUGUUGGUGAUUUAAAAAUGGCUGAUUUCAAACAGUUUCUUUCUAGCAAGGGUGUCCAGGUAGAAUUUGCGGGCGGGGCAUUGAGAUGUGGUGAAUAUGUCACAUUACGUAAAGUUGGGCAUGCUGGACAGAAGGGUGGAGGCUCUGGGACACAGCAAAUUGUCAUAGAAGGUCCUUUGUGCGAGGAUUACUAUAAGAUUAGGGAGUACCUAUACUCACAAUUUUAUUUGCUUUGAGGAUCUGAGGUACAAAUUAGUUGUAAAUGAAUGUUAUGGUAUUUCUAGUUUUUGUUGUAAAUCCUUUAUGGUUCAAUGUAGAGUACGGAGUUUACAAUCAAAAACUAAGCAGGAAAUGUUCUCAAUUCUCAUGGCCAAAUGAAGAUCAAUGGACUUUGCUCAA